GAGUACAUGUCAUUUUAUCAAACUGAGAUCCUAAAUAAACAGAAACCUUAAAAAAAACCCUUAGGUGGAGACUGUAUCAUGACAUUUGCCUGGUCAUUCACAGGUGAGAAAUAACCAUUGCAGUGCUAAAACAUUCACCAUGGAUAUGGACAUAGUCAUUGGACUUUAAUCAUUGCUUUUUCAUCUUAAGUAAAACAAGUGGGAUUUUGUAGAAUCUAAUAGAACACACAUGAGCAUAGUGCUGCUAUGUAUGAUGGUGGACUGUAUUUGAGUUCCAUGAUGAUAGGCAAUGAGAACAAACCCAAUACAUUAAUUGACUUCUUUGUCCACGAAAAAGGGGUCUUGUUGCUUUCUUUUGUUUCUUGCCCAAAGAAGACCAAGACUAGAAGAUGACAUGAAACCCACCAAUAAAUUGGAGUCACAAGUAAGAAAAACCUACCACCUAUUAACCCAAAAGGUGAAACCUAGUCGGUGUUGGCUCAUCAGUAACUAACAGGAACUUAUUAACGAAGUAUAUAUAACCAACAAGAAGCAAAAAUAUAUAGGUUAAGCCUAUAAGGUUAUCAUCUAAGCAAAAAAAGAAAAAGAAAAAAUUCUAAUAGAAAACUUACAGCCCUUGUUAUUCUUUGAUGGAAAGGAAGAACAGAGUGGUGGAUUUGUCCUCUUUUCUUCUGGUUGAAGGUACUGCAGACUCAGAGGCGGACUGUGAAUUCUUGAAGCUAUGUCAAGAUGCAAUUAUGAUCUGCGAUUAUGAUGGCGAUCCUGAAGAUGAUGCGGAGUCGUGCAGCUGCGAUACUAGUGAAGUUCUUGAAAGUAAUGAUGAUCAAGAUUGUAGAGAUUCUGAUGAAGCUGAUAAUAAAGAUUGUCAUGGCAAGCAAAGUUGGUGCAAGAUAUGGUUGGAAAAUGAGGAACUGGAAUACAUGUCUACUGAAGAUGGUGAAGCGACUAGUGAUGGUACUAACUUGAGCAAGAAGAUCAUUGAUCAAAUGGAGGACAGGCACUUUUGGGAGACUUGCCUGGCAGUAGGGUAUCCAUAAAAAAAAGAAAAAAAAAUUAUUAUUAUUAAUUUUUUUUGCCCACUUGCUUCCACCUAAAAAUUCAGGUAGAUUUAGCAAGUAAUUUGGAUUUCUUUCAUAUAAUUUCUUUUUUAGUAAAAGGAAGACCUUUCUAUGUGUGUAUUUAUUUACAUGCU